AUGGAGAAGAAGGAGAGUGCGCCGGCAGAAAGCAGGCCCAGCCCUUUCUGGAGUGAAGAAGCGCAGAGAAAGUUUAUGGAGACCCACGGGGACCGAGAUACUCAACGACCUGCAAUCCUGGAAAAGUACGAGCAGACAGCGACGCGGCAUGAAGAGCAACAGCUUCGAGAACCACCAUAUGAACAGGCACAGGCAUCGUCAUCCACGAGUUUGGAUGAUGCAAAGAAGCCUGUUGUCGUCAAUAGUUCUGCUGAGAGUGAUUCAGGUGGAAGAGCAAAGGCCCCAUCGGUGGAAAGUCUUUCUAUGAUUGCCAAAGUGCAAGCUCGUGCGGACGGUUCGCCGGACCGUCUUAGCUUGGGAAUGGAAAGUGCCUAUAGUGGAAAGUCUGCCUCUUCACGACAUGAGACCCUGGGUCAGGAAGGCAUCAAGCCAGAGCCAGAGAUUAUAGCUGAAUCUCGGGAAACUGAACCAAGAUCUCCAGGGGAACCUGGUAUGACAUUUCAGGAGCCCGCGAUGGCUCAAUUGCUACGCCAACUGAGUGGCUUAGUCACUCAGGCCCUGCAGGAGCAAGUGGCGCCAACGCUUCAGCAAGUGCUGGUGAAUCAGGCGCAACUUGAAUCCCGUUUGGAUCAGAUGGAAGUGGCUUCCAGACCAGCUUCUACAGAUGGAGAUGGCUUGAUUGAGCGUACACGAAUGCUAGAGCUCAGUACUCCAACUGAGGACGUCAAGACAAGCCAUUUUCCCGUGAUGUCUAGUAGUGAAAGCGUGGAUAGAGUCAAUGCGCUCGGUGUACAGUCUAUUCGCCCCAAAGCUGAGCAGGCGGAGGUUCCCCAUGAAGUCCAGUUGGAAGGUGGCAAACCUGAAGCUGGUGAUGACCAAGGACUUACCCUUCCCUCUAAAGGCACCGUAUGGGUGGGAACGACGGAAUAUGCCUGGCGAGUAUCAGCUGGCGGAUUGAAAUUAGUACCAGUGCAAACACAGCAGCAUGAAGCAGAUCAGCAACCUGUGCAAGAGUUCGGUGUACGGGCAGCAGGUAGUGGUGGAAGUGUACCUACGGACAGAAUCUUCAGCAAUAGGGCAGUGUCACCGUUUGAGCGUUACCCUGGCACGAGAUCAGAGCCAGGACGCGAUGACAUAGGCCGCGUGAGCAUCGAGCGACAACUCAAACCAAAUAUCUCUGACCCAUGCCCAACUCCAAAUGCCCCACCUUUGCCUCCUAAACUUGAGCAGGGAACGGAGUCCCAAGUUGGAUUCGGCCCAUAUGAAGGAAUUCCUCCAGUUCCAACGGCCAGGUGCAGUGGGGCUGCGGGUAAAGGGACCGGGAAUAGGAGUUCUAGCAGGGAGGUUCAAGAGGGCGGGCGUUCAGAUGUUCACAGUCGUCCGGUAACGCCAGUCAAACCCAGGAUUGUGUAUCCGUUCUCUCCAGGUGGCACCGAGAUUCGACCUCCAAAUCAUAGUCCGCCACGUAGACCCACUAGGUCCCCGAACUCAAGAACGAAAGUAGCUGCAGGCACUGAGAACCCCCCUCCUGCACAGACCGACAUGCAACAACUGGUGGUAGCGCUUGAAAGGGCUAUUCGUGUGGGGCGAGGGGAUUCUCGCACAGAGGAUGUCAAGUCGAUUGCUGAGCUACCCAAACUAGAGAUUCGGGACAAUGAGCGUGAGCUUACACCAUUGAUAGCCGGGGACUGGAUGGCAUUGCUUGGCCCGUCGCUGAGAGAUCUCUCGGCAAAUGCCUCAGAAUGGUGGGCAGAAGUCCAAAGCGCCUAUCAGGCCUUUUACACCAAAUGGUUAGAAAGCAGUCCGAUUGAAAGACUCCUCUUACUGCCUGAACGCCCGAAUAGAUUUGACGCUGGCCCGUUUGCCAGAGUGGAACAGAGAGCAGUUUCUUUGCUUUUAAAGGCGGUUCCGUCCUCCAUAAAGGAGGAAGUCGUAGCUAUGAGAAAGCUGAGCUCAAUCGAAAUCCUAGGAGCAAUUAUGACUACGUACCAACCCGGAGGGCUGAAGGAGCGUAGUGCCCUCUUAAAGUACCUCACUGCCCCAGAGCCAGCAAAAGGGGUCACAGAGGCUCUUCGAGCCAUCAGACGAUGGAGUCGCUGGAGAAAGAGGGCUACAGAACUUCAGAUUUCGAUACCAGACAGUACCUUGCUCAUAGCUGGACUGGACGUAAUGACUAGCCAGGUACUCAGCCAACACACCGAUGCGUUGUUCAGGAUCCAAACUUUUCGACACCAACACACAAUCGACAUGGUACCGACGGCAGAUAAGGCCUUGUCACUUAGCCAAAUGAUUCAGGCCGAGCUGCAGGUCUUGGAGAACGCAGGCUCCCACAAAAGGCCAAAAAUUGCCAAGGUUGCGGAUGGAAAUGCUGAAGGAUCAGACAACGCAAACACUGCGCCUAGUAAUAAAGGCAAAGGAAAAGGAAAGGGUGAUGGGAAGUCCGUCGCUAAGGGGUCCGAGGCUCCAGAAGGGAAUAAAGGUGGCGGCAAGGCCUGUUACCACUGGAUGUCAAAAGCGGGGUGCAAGCUAGGGAGACAAUGCAGGUUUCCUCACGAUAAAGCUGCGCUCAAUGCUGCGUUGGAUGUGGGCUCCAGGUGCUACGUUUGUAGUGGAAUAGGACAUAAGGCCCAGGACUGUCCAUCGCAGAGCCAAGUGGAAGGCGAAGACAGGGCGACUAAAGGUAAAGCAAAGGGAAACUCCAAAGCUCAGCCCAAUGUUCCGGCUGUGAAGCGCGUGGAGGAAGAUACGCCUCAGGCAAAAUUGAUCAGUGCUGCCACUGACCUUCUCCAGCAGAUGCAGACGAAAGCCGUAAGCCUGGCCUCAUCGUUGAACAGGAUCUCCGCGGACGGUCCUAGGACUGGACUGAUCGACUCAGGAGCAUCCACAUGCUUGAGGACUGCCAGGGAUGAUGAGCCUAAAGGGUUGGUCAAGAAAACGGUGGAUCUUGCCCAAGGAACCGCAGAGUUGUUCGUUACUCCUUGUGGCACUCUUGUUUCUCCCACUCCAGUCGAGACAAUAGUCGCUCUUGGAUUACUCAUCAAAAUAGGGUGCAGGCUCCAGUGGGGUGAGAAGGAGUGCACAUUAUGGCACCCGUCAAGGGGGCAGAUUCGGCUUGAAGUGAGCUCAGGGUGCCCUCGUGUCCCGGAGGAGCUUGCGCUAGAAUUGAUUCAGGAGAUUGAGCAAUAUCGCGUGAACACAGUCGGUGCGGCCAUUAAGGCACUGCAGGCCAAAGACAAUGGUAGCUUGCCUCAACCCAAGGAAGCAAUUAGCAAACUCACAGACGAAAUUCUUCGAGGGGGUGAUGUUGCCGGGAGUCUAGGAGAGUUGGUGCUGUCGUUAUGGCCAGAAAUCCCAAAUGCCAUUCUGCAGGAUCUGGUAGCCUGGGCCUCUCAGGACUCUACUACAUUGGUCUUUAAUCGCCGGAAAAGAAGAGCGGUGUCAAAGGCUAAAGGGGUCUUGAUACAUUUGUUUGCCGGGGAAUCUCGGAAGGAAAUAGAAACUCACGCGAGGGCAAAGGGCUACGAGGUAGUAUCUGUGGGCCUACAAGAAGAUUUCGCGUCCAUCCAGACAUUCGUGUAUGUGCUUCACCUAGCGGCGCAGGGAGUUGUAGAUAUCAUCUUUGCGGCACCGCCGGGUGGAACGAAUUCCGUGUGUAGGUUCAUACAGCCGGGGCCAAAGCUUCUUAGAACUAGAGAAGGCACGAGUCGUUGGGGUCUGGUAGGAUUGAGCCCUGCAGAACAAGUCAAGGUAAAGCAGGCGGAUGAGCUUUAUCUUCGGACUCUUCUGCUCAUGCAUGUAGCUGAGGAGGGUAGACGGAGAGUCAAUAAGCCCCCCACAUGGAGCCUGAUUGAAAACCCCCAGGAUCCAGCUACGUAUGUGCGGCCAGACUCAAACCUUCACCAGCAGGCCCGCCGACAUGGCGGGUUUCCGUCGUUUUUUGCCACCAGGGAGUUUCAGAUUUCCUCUGAACUGCUGGGAAUGAGGCAAUAUCAUGGAGACCAAGGCCCGUAUGGUCAUGAGACGCGUAGGCCAACGACAUGGGCAUCCACUAGAGAACUCCCAGAACUGAAGAAAGGGCCGGGUGUAGGGCCAAGUGUGGAUGGUGCUGUAGAGGAAGAAUGGCUUGCUGCUAAGUGCAGUAAAUGGGCACCAGGGAUGAUUCGGCUACUACUGAACCUAGCGCCGUCGCUCUCACAGUCUGGCAUCAAAGUUGCUAAGGCAGAUUCGAUGGACUGGGAAGAGCAUGUGCGUAAUGGACAUUGGCCUCCUUCUAGAAGGUGUAGAAGGUGUAUAGCGGCGUGUGCCCGACAUAGAGCCCACCGACGGAUCAGAUGUCCGGCAUCUUGGGUCUUAUCGGCCGAUACCAUCGGACCUUUCAAGAAGGCGGAAGAUGAAACGUCGCCUGACCUUCGGUACCUCUUGAUAGCAUGUGUUGUGGUGCCAGUAGAUGGAAAGGGAAAGCCAGUGCUGGGACCAGAGCAGCAACAGGCCGAAGCAGCCGAGGACACCGCCGUAAAAGCUGAUGAGGAGUUAGCUGACUACGAGCCAACCGAGAUGCCUGACGAUGAGAAUCAGAUCAACAUCCCAUUGGAAGAGCUCUUCGGACCGGAUGUCGAAGAAGCCCCUCUCGUGGGAAAGGCUCUUCAGGAGUACGAAGAGUGUCUGAAAGCCUGCCAGCAAGAUGCUGAUGAGCUCACUGCAGCCACAAAGGAGUGCAAAGUAGAUGGGCUAGCUUGGAAGGAAGUAGUGUUUGUGGAAACGCUUAGGCGAAAGACCCCAGCUGCUACCGCCCAAGCUCUCACCCGUAUCCUAACGCAGGCCCAUGAACUUGGGCUACCCGUCGUGCGGCUACACACCGAUAGUGGCUCUGAGUACGUCAAUCCUCAGAUCAGGAAGAUGGCUACCAGGUUUCAACUAAAGCAAACCUGCGCAGCUCCAGAGGAACAUAACAGUAAUGGCCGCAGCGAAAACAUAGUGCAGCGUGUAAAAAACCAGAUGAACAUGUUGUUGGGCUUGCCUAACAGCGAUCCGGUGCUCUGGCCUCUUGCGGCUAAGAGCGUUGUUGCAACAUGGCGUGCGCAAACACUGAGGCAGAUGGGCAUGCCAGCUCCAGCAGUGGUUCCGUUUGGUACUCACGCUCAGGUACUCUGCAGGUCGUGGUUGCGCAAGAGCAAACAGUCUUGGAAAGCAAAGGCAGUGGACGCCACCGUCUUGUGUCCUGCUUCGCUAAUAAAACUUGGGUAUGUGGUUAGGAUAGGCAAGCGGUUGUCGGUCGUUACAAAGCUGUUUCAGGGUGAGGAGCCACCGCUCACAAUCACGUUGAACCCAGGCCAAGACCCUCCACCAAUGUCACAUUCCCUAGGCCCUGAAACUCGUGUGUCCGAAAAAGCCUCAAUCCCAAGUAUGUCCCACGCGCCUCCUCCUCUUGUUAGGUAUCGUGACAAAGCCCCAGGCCCAGGUAGACGUCCUGUAGUAAGUGCCAUUCAACCUCACCCAGGUAGGAGUGUAGAAGAUCUCCAAGCUGAACAACUGGCUAAAGCGAGUCCGUUUGAUGUGGAUGAGGCAGUACGUUUUGUCUUGAGUAGUUCGUAUGUUGUAGAACCGGGGCUUCAGGACAUCAGCAGCAGCAACAAGCACUUCUCGGGACAGCACUAUCUGUUUGGGGUCUACCGGUAUGGAGGAGCCGUCGGGCUCACUCGGUGCUGCAAACAGCGCCCAGGAAUGUCUGCCCUGUUGGCAGCUAUUGCUAAGGCCAAGUGUCCUGAUGCUACUUUUUCGACGAUAGGACUAUGCGUAAAUGGGGCAGCCUAUCCACAUCGUGACAGCAACAAUCUCCCUACUUCGGUGUCGCAUUGGAUUCCUCUCAAAAUGCCAAAAAAGGGCGGUAGGUUGUGGGUUGAACUUCGGGUGGGUGCUCAGGUUGUUGGUCAGCCAGCAGUUGUGUCUGCCGGUAAUACUCAUGUUCCUGGACAGUUCCACAGCCCCAAUUGCCCUGCAGCGUUCUCCCCGAUGCACCUGCAUGGCACUGAAGAUUGGAACAGGCAGGAGUCGAGAGUAGUGCUUCUGUUGUACACGGUCAAUUGCUUGCAAAACCUCGAUGAGCGAUCUCUUCUUGAGCUACGGCAGUAUGGGUUUUCCGUUCCUUGCGUUAACGAAAAAGGGGGAGAUGGUGUUCAUGAUGCUCGAGCUAGGGAGGGGGGAGACCCAGGAUUUCAAGAUGGUGUCCAUGAUGCUCGGGCUGGUGUUCAUGAUGCUCGUGCUAGGGAGGGGGGAGACCCAGGAUUUCAAGAUGGUGUCCAUGAUGCUCGGGCUAGGGAGGGGGCAGACCCAGGAUUUCAAGGCAAAAAUGGAGAACUAGGUGGUCCUGUGUGCCUCGGGCUAGGAAGCCAUUGCGUGUGUCCCGCCACUACUCAGCAAGCUGCAGAGUCGGGGGAGAUCGGGGAUAGUAGGAUAGAGGAUGGUGGUAGCAACCACUCGGGCCCCAACUGCCUGCAAUUUGUAGGCUCGGAGGAGAAAGGGAGCAGUUCAGGUUGUGAGGGUCGCGCGUCUUCAGGGAGCUUGUUGUGUGAGUUUGAUGGUGAAAGUGAUGGGCGGAGCGAUGAGCCUGAAGAGGCGGAGAGUGCCUCUGAGGAGGGCGGUGACAGUCAUCGCCAGGAUGCCCGCUGGGCUGCGUCGUAUGAGCGUGUGCUUGAUCGUGAAGAGUUGAGAUGCGUUGGAGGUGAGUCGCUUGGAGAAGUCUAUGCGACAAGGACCCAGCAGGAGAUCAUGGAUUUUGAAAGUUGGCUUGAUGAGCGGCAGCUGAGGCUGGCGAGCAUGCAUGAGGGAGAGCUGCAACAAUGGAUAGAUGAUAUGCCUCCUGCUUCGGAGGCGGCUCAAUUGAAUCGGCUAGAAAUCAACAAGUUGUGGGAGGACGUUGAAGACUUGCGCUUGGAGUUGACGCAGUUGUGCUUGAAGCAAAUAACUGAAGACUCACAAGCAUUAGCUGAGGCCCAAGCCAUGCCUGCUGAUGUUCAUGAACAGGUAGUGCUUCAGACGCGGAUAGUUGCAAACAUGCAGGUGAUGGCAAACUGGGAGCUCUGGAAACCUGCCGUUGAGGCAGAACUUGGAAGCCUGAUACAGGACAAGCAGGCGAUCUAUGAGACAACUCAGAAGGAGUUGGACAAGCUGCAGGCGCAGGGCUACAAGGUUUUGUUGAUCCCAAGUAAAGCCAUUUUUACCGUAAAAGCCCCGGGGGGCAAGUAUAAGUGUAGAUUAGUAGCCUGCGGAAACUACCUUAGCAGUAGCGAGGGCAGCAAACUGGAACAUAGGCAGACUGUCUACACCCCCAGCAUAGGGAUAGAUGCCCUACGUACAGCGUUGGCCUUCAGCACGCGAAGGAGGCACACGUUAAUCACAGUAGACAUAAAGGCCGCAUUCCUCAAUGCGCAGCUAUUGCCACGUAAUCGGGGCAGCGCUGAGAAGGUUGCUGCAGAAGCCAGUAAUGCAAUCGAUCAGGUUGAGGUGCCGUCGUCCAGUAGUCAUUUCCAGCAACAGUCACAGCAACAGCAUCAGCGCCAACAGCAGACUCAGAAAGAGAAGACAGAGAGUAUUUUGGCUCAAGACUCGCGGCUCGACAAAGUGACCGAUGAAGUGGUGGCCCUAGUACCUCCACGUGUCCUCGUUACACAGGGAGUUUUCAGCUCCCAGGCGCGGCUCAUCAUUAAAAAGGCUCUCUAUGGGCUUGAUCAGUCCCCAAGAGAUUGGAGUUUUCAGCGUGAUCAAGCAUUGCGGAAGAUCAUCAUCAGGCAUCAAGGCACAGAGUACCGUUUGUAUCAAUCAUUAGCUGAAGACAGUCUUUGGCUACUCAGUAGCGAAAAACCGCUCAGAGGAAUGGAAGCCACGCUGAACAUCUCGCCUGAAACAUCGGCAAUCGCUGGAUGGGUUGCUGUGUAUGUAGAUGACGUCCUGGUAGGAGCUGAGAACAGCUUAGCCUGGGCAGUGAUUUCUGCUAUCCGUGAGCGAUGGGAGUGCUCGGAACCUCAAGAAGUUGUGAAUGGCUCCCAGGGAAAGGUGAGAUUUUUAGGCAUCGACCUCAGCUGGAAUGACAAUCGUGACUUGGUUUUGUCUCAGGCCUCAUACAUUCGAGAACUGGAGCAACGGUACAAAUCGCAGCUUGAUGGGUUAGGAAAACCAACGACUCCGUUGCCAAAUGCCUUCGACGACGACGCCCGCGAAGAGUCAAGCGACGUUGAAGACGUUAGACGAUGUCAAACCAUAGUGGGAGAGAUGCUUUGGGCAAGUAUCCGAACGAGACCAGACAUUACUUUCUCGGUUUCAAAAUUAGCUGCUGCAAUCACACGAGCUCCUGUAGGAACCUACAGAUCUGCACUUCACACGCUGGCCUAUCUAGUGGCAAGCGCAGAGUGUGUGUUGAUUUAUCCACGUGAUGAGCGAGAAGUGUGGAAGCAGUAUAAGAAGUCCACCGCUAUGGAGGGGCUUCUUGAAGGAUAUGGGGACGCGUCAUUUGCUCCAGAGGCCAAGAGAUCGAUGCAAUGCGUCCAGGUGCAUACCGAAGGGGCGCUUACCGGAUGGUCGUGCGCAAGACAGGCUUUCAUGGCUCAAAGUUCUUGUGAAGCGGAAAUGAUAGCUUUGAUGGAGUUAGCUAACUACACCAUCAGUAGCUCUUAUGUAUUUGACGAGUUGCUGCAGCGGCGCUCUCGCAAGGAGUUGCUGGGCGACAAUGUAGCGGCGCUGGCCUUGUACGGUGGUACAAGUGCUAGCUGGAGAACCAGGCAUCUAAAAAUCAGAGCUAAGGCUUUUGCUGAGCGAUACAUGGAGGGUGAUCUUCCGGCAAAUCAUAUAGCCGGGGAAUUCAACCCGGCUGACUCAGGCACCAAAGCCUUGGGGGCAGCACGUCACUGGAAACUGUGUGAUUUGAUGGGAUUGCACAUACCGCGUGGGCAGACUAAGCUGGCGCAUGUGAGCACUGAGCACAAAGUAGAGAAUGCGUCAGAGUCGAAGCGCUACUUGCAAGCGGUGAUAGUGGCAUGCUGUUUGUGUAGUGCAAGUGCCCAACCGACGCCGGCUGCGAGCUCAGAGGGAGAUGCCGCGUUGUGGGUGCUAAUCUGUUUGGUGGCAGUAACCUCCAUUGCCUUGUGGGAAGCAGGGAAAGCGUUUGUGCGAUGCUGUCUUAGGUAUGGGGCGCAGAGGCGUCCUGUCAGAGUGUCGGAAGAUGAGAGCGAUGAGAGACUGCCAGAAAGACAGCCCGAUAGUGAAGAUGAGCUUGAAGAGCAAACUCCCCUGCAACUGGCCCUGCAAGAGAUUGAAAGAGAGAGGGAAGGAGUGAGGGAGAGAGAGAGGGAAGAACAGCAGCAGCAGGACUAUGAAGAGGGCUUGCGUAGAAGAGGAGCCAGGAUUUAUGUAGCAGAGCCAGAGUUGGAGCCUCCGCUGCCUGCAUCGCCGGCGAUGAACCCAGGUCCUCAGAGCCAUAUUGCAACGCAAUAUCUAGAUGACCUUCUUGUAGCUGCACCGGCGGAACACAUAGACCGUAUUGUUCAGGAGGAACUGAAUCGUAGAGCCACCGGCAAUCCGCCUGCCCCAACUGAAAUCCCCCCAGCUCCAGUUCGGGAAGUCCGAGUUUUGGACUUCGAAAGGGCUCGUGAGGAAGUCUUGAGAGGUCAACGGGAGGAGCAGCGGAUGGGUUUGCCACCAGACCCUCCUAUUGUUAUCCAUCCUGGUUUAGGACCUCCGCGCAACCAGCCACCGCUGAGGGAGAUCCAAAGGGCUUCCUCAACUUGGGGCGGCCUAGCAUCUGCUUUGCAUCAAGUGCUUCCCGUAGAGUACCGUAGAGAUUUUUAUCAAAUAGACUGGAACAGAAAUGUUCUCAUACGGUGGCAUGCAGCUACGCGUGUGCGACUAUUCACACCUACGCAGACGAGGCUUCCAGAUGGCCUUGACAUCCGUGCAGUCACUGGUCGUAGGAGAUCUUUCAUCACCGACAUGGCACGGCAGUAUGUACUCGACGACAGCUUUCGAGGCGAAGGAGCUCAAAGAUACUUGGAAGCUGAAUGGAGGGGAAGGACUGAGCUCGAAAUCAGUCGAGCCAUCCUUCAAAUGGUGCGUCCUGCGCCAUUGCCAGAAGGCGUGCGAUAA